AUGGGCAACGUGGGCGCACGCUCACAGUGUUGCUCGGGAGAUCAUCUUGGCGAGGCGAACGACCCGGAACCGCCGGAGAUCACGCGGGGAGGGCUCAACGAUCUAUCUCUUUCGAAGUCAUCCUCUAAGCUGAAGCCGCAGGAAGACCCGGUGGAAUCCCACCGUUCUUCUCAAGAUUUCGAUCGAGCACGAAGACGUACUCGGACCUGGGUGCAAGACGUGCCCAGCAGCGUGCGGAGCUUCCUGGUGAAAGUGACCAAGCCCUUGGGCAAGGAGAAGUCCGCGAAGCUUGGACUAGAUAUCGACUAUGCGGAGGAGAGUACCGCCAUUCCCGUUGUGGACGUGAAUGGCGGCCUGAUGGGCCAAUGGAAUGAUGAGAACCCCAUGCAGCUUGUAAGGAGUGGCGACUGCAUUGUCGCAGUGAAUGGCAUCUCAAAGGAUGUUCCAAACAUGCUCAAGAGCCUCAUGAACGUUGGCCAGCUCGAACUCCUUGUUAUUCGAGGGACCACAGAUGAGAACGGAACCGAGCCGGUGGCUUCGGGGCUUUUAGCGGCGGAGGGCUACUACCAGCAGGUUGAGGCGCAACAGAUCGCAGCAGUCACGGGCAAUCACGAGACUGCUCCAAAAGCUCCUACACUUGGUGCAUCCACAUCAGUUGAGCCAAGCAGUGAUCAGCUCGCGAGAGAGCUGGCAAGGAAGAGAACCUUGAACUGGUUCGUGCGUGGAGCAAACAUAUCUCAAGAAGUGCGACAGUCGAACACCUGCAGCUUCGAAGUGCCAGUCGAGGCGCUCUCGGCGGCCGUGGAACGGGACCGCACCGCUCUGGUGUUGGCAGAUGGUCGAGUCUUGCUUUGGCACGAAGGUCGUAUGCCAGGUCGGCGCGCAGAGGUGACGCUUCUCUUUCCAGAGCCUCCAUCAGUGCUGUGGUGCGAUGGGCAACUCCUUUGCUUCGGAGGAAGGCACAUGAGAGAGGCAAGCCUUCUCGUGAAGACGGAUGCUUUGAAGAUGAAUGCAGGCAACGCAUUUACCCUCAAUGCCCUCGACCUGGGAGAAAGCGCUGGUGAGGUGAAAUCGCCAGAUGGACAGCCCAUUGUCUGUGCGGCCUCGAGCGUUGGCGUCUUCGCCACGAGCACGGACUCGUUGCUCUGCCUGUGGGCAGCCAAUUGGCCGCCCCCGUGCGAACCGAGCAUGCGAACGCGGACGCGAACCCCACAGAAGGUCAUCCAGAUGUCCUUUGUUCACUGUGCAGAGGAAGUCCUGCUGGUGCUCUACUCCGAUGUACUCCACCUCCAUGACAGCUCGCUGCAACUGCAGCACAUCUGGCGCUGGACCGAGCCUGGCGCCAGCGUGACGCUGCCGGAGCCCAGCGUUCCUAGUGCACGAGCCACGGUGCUGCUGUCACAAGAGACCUCCAGUGGGACUCGUGUGGGAUGGCUGGAUCUUUGCGACAAGGGUCAGCCAAAGCUGGCAGAUCUGCCCAGCCUCAUCGACCAGGUGAGUCUCUCAGGCAGUUCCUCUGGGCGUUUGCGCGCGCUGGUGCAGCGCAGAGCUGGCAGGUGCUGUCUCCUCUCAAGCGAGCCAGUGCUGACUAGGAGUAUGGCCAUGUGUCUUCGGCAAAGUUACUUGAAAGCGUGGGAACGCUCCAUGACGCAGCUGGCGCGCAGCUGUAGCAAGCUGCUUCCACGGCCACGUGGCAAGGCCAAGCCGGAGGUGCAGCAGCUGUUGCAAAGACUCUCCAUGGAGGUACUACCCGGCAAAGAUGCCUUCCUUUGGGGUGAUGUGUUCCGAGCUUGUUUUGAGUUUGCCAUGCCUUUAAGAACCUUUGAUGAGAGGCUGUCAUAUCACGCUCGCUUUGAGGGUAAGAAACCUCAGAAUGUUUUGAAGCGAUAUAUGCAGCGUUGUCAAGUGGCAAACUCCGAGGAGCUGCAGGAGCCUAUGCAUUUCAUGUAG